UGGAGAAAGGGGCAAAGGAGUAAAACAAAAUUCAUCUGAUUUCAAACCCGCUUCUUCCGCGAAAUGCGAAGGCAGAUCUCAUUCGGGUCGGGUCUCCGGGUACCGUAUAUUUGCAGUUUUGCCAAAUGCAUAUCACAAUUAGUACCAUUUCCUGAUUCGGGCCCGGUUUUUUCGCGGCGGUAGCCCUCAAACUACAAACUGCAACGACGUCGCUUUAUUGUUUCGAUCAAACCCUUCUCCGAGGUUGCCUCUCUGUCUACAUCUUCCAUUCUAUUUCCCGUGAGUAUAUUCCGAGACCCCUCUCUGCAUCACAGGAUUCAUAGUUUAAUGGAUUUGUUCCGUGAAUAAAACUCAAGGUUCAAGGAGGAAUUUUUUUAGGGUGAUUUAGUUCCCAAUUAAGUUAAUUGUAUCCAUUGUGGUAAUGUUCUUUUGGGUUCUAUUCAGAAAACUGCUAUAGCUGAAGAUAAACAAAAGAAAAUAGCGGCCAAUAUAAUAAUUUUGUUUCUGCAGAAUUUUAAGUUAACCCAUUUCGUUGCUUGGUGCUUGCUAAGUACAUUUUCUGGACCUGGGUCUAGUUUAUUUGUUUGCAUCUCCUGAAGAUGAAUACGCAGCAAGCUGUGCCACCCAGAUCCUCUUCUAACGGACAUGGUCACCAUAAAAUUGAAGGAGAUACUGCAACAAGCUUCAAUAGUGUAGGAGAAUCCCAUGAAUCAAAUUCUUGUGAUAGACUUAUAUAUUUAACUACAUGCCUCAUUGGGCAUCAAGUGGAAGUACAGGUGCAUGAUGGAUCUGUAUUUUCUGGAAUCUUUCAUGCUAUCAGCGGGGAUGAUUAUGGAGUUAUUCUGAAAAUGGCAUACUCAGUUAAGAUUGGUUCUCAAGGGAAGAAAAAUAUUUCAGAUUCUUCCAAACCUCCUUCUAAGACUUUGAUCAUACCUGCUAGGGAUCUUGUGCAAGUUAUAGCAAAGGACGUACCUGUAAUUAGGGAUGGGUUCUUGAGUGAGCUCCAGCGUGAAAAGCAGCAAGAGCUUAUGACAGAUUCCUGCAUAUCACAAUCUCGGCAUGUAGAGGCGGGGAGAGAAUUGGAACGAUGGGUCCCUGAUGAAGAUGAUCCUGGGUGUCCUGAACUGGAGAAUAUAUUUGAUGGUCCUUGGAACAGAGGCUGGGAUCAGUUUGAGGUAAAUAAAACUUUAUUUGGAGUCAAGAGCACCUUUGAUGAGGAGCUUUACACAACGAAGCUCGAUAGAGGCCCUCAGACAAGAGAAUUGGAAAGAGAAGCACUAAAGAUAGCUAGAGAGAUUGAGGGUGAGCAAACCCUUGAUAUUCAUCUUGCAGAGGAAAGAGGUAUUCAAGUUGAUGGAAACAUUGAGAUGGAUGAAGAAACUCGCUUUUCUUCAGUCUACCGGGGGAAUGAUGACAGCGCAUAUGAAGAGAUUGUGGAGACAGUCUUGGAUUCACAAAAUGAUGAAACAUUUGGAGAUGUCUCUGGUUCUUAUAUUAGCAGAACUCGCACAGACAUGAGUAGGGGGAAAACCAGUGGAAAUCAACUGUCGUUGAGAUCUUUAGUGACGGGAGAAAGGCUUUCUUCACUUGCUGCUAUUAGCAGGGAUGCAGAUCAUUCAGUGUUGGAUGGUUAUGCUAAACAUCCUGCAAACAGUUACCCUCAGGAGGACGAAGGAAUGCAAGAAUCACAUGAUCGGAGUCAAGCAUCUAAAGCUGAGGGUUCAAACUCAUUGAGUAAAGAAAGCUGUCCUAAGGUUGGAUUAUCUGCAAAUGCUACUGCCUUUGAUCCAUCACGUGUUUCAUCCAAAGGUCAGGAUAAGGGAAGUUUCUUCAACGAGUUAGCAGAUGGUACAGCAUGUCCUGAAGCACAAGGGGUAGCUAUCUCUCUUGCUCGGACCAGUAGUUCUGCAUCAUCUGCUUCUGAUCGUGGAGGAGGUACUUCAACUUCUGCUGGCCGUGGAUUGUCUCCUAGUUCAUCUGUUGCUUCGUUGUCUUCAGAGAAGUCAACACUAAAUCCACAUGCCAAGGAAUUUAAAUUGAAUGCAAAUGCUAAGAGCUUCGUCCCAUUUCAGACGCCUAGGCCGUCUUCUCCUGCUGCAGAUAAUUCCUUCUACUAUCCAGCUAACAUGACUGCUGCGACGCAUAUGCAUGGCAUGCCAGCUGGUGUUGGGGCUGGACCUUCUUUUGCUGCUCAGCAGCCAGUUAUGUAUAAUCCACAGGCUUCACCAAUGCCGCAGCCAUAUUACCAUCCAAAUGGACCUCAGUAUGGACAGCAGAUGACAGUAGGACAACACCGGCCAGUGUACUACAUGCCCACGUAUCCUCAUGAAAUGCAAUACAAGUGAAGGGUUUGCUAAAUGCUGGCAAAGACCAUCUACAUGUUUUUUUGGGGAGUUGAAUUUCUUUCAAGGCUGCUUGGGGAUUUUUUUGGUGUGAGCCCAGCAGCUGAGGAGACCAUCUGUGACAUUAGGGGGAUUUUUUUUUAAAUACUGGUUUUAACAAAUUCUAAGGCAGUUCUUUUCACAUUCUAAACUUUGGUAAUAUUCUAACAUAGAGAAUUUGUAUUUCCUUUUGAAUUCUUUGUUUGGGUUUGAUAUGAAUUCGUGAAAUAAUUAUUCUGUCAAGGUUAGAUUAGAGCA